AAUGGAAGAUGUAUUGAUCCUCAACCAGCAUCUAGGCCAUUUACUUGAAGAUUUUGACUGUUUUAAUGGAGGACGUGCUAUACGUUGUGUUGUAAAACCAAAACCAAAACUAUCUACAACACCAGCCAAUGAAUUCAAAUUUUUGAUGUACAAUAUAUUUGAGCGUUUCUACUUUGUAAGUGUUGAUGGUCAGAGAGAAAGAACUUGCAGAAUACCUUCAUGGAUAUUGGAAACUAUUCCAGAUGUCGAUGCCAUUGCUUUCCAAGAAGUGUUUCUUGGUGGCUGUGAUGAAAACAACUUGUCUUUGAAAAAAGUACUCUCUUACUAUGGUUUCAAGUAUGCAAAAUCCAUUGUAGACAGUAUAUUAGCAAUAAAUGGUGGAAUAUUUAUUACUUCAAAAUGGCCGAUAGUAAGAGAAGAAAGUUAUAUAUUUAAAGCUGUAAUUUUUUUUACAGCAGAAAUUUUUGUAGCAAAAGGUGUCUCAUACGCCAGAAUUGAGAAAACUGUUAAUGGUGUUACAAUGCUCUAUAAUUUAAUGUCAACUCACUUACAAAGUGGAGGUGGUGAUGAUAAUACUAUAAGAGAAGCUCAGUGUCAAGAAAUGGCAUCAUUUACUCAGACUCUAAAUAUACCAGCAAAUGAGUCAGUCCUUUAUGCAGGGGAUCUAAACUAUAGACUAGAUGAAUUAAGUUUACAAACUUGUGUAAACUUGCUUAAUUCUAAUUAA